AUGUUAUCUGCAAAAUCAUUGUUAACAAAAGCUGUUCGAUUGAAUGGAGUAAGGAUUUUUAUUUUUGAAUAGGUAAAAACAAUUUUAAAUCGAGAUUUUUCAGGCAACCAGAUUGAACUCGACUCUUGUUGUUGCUGAACAUGAUGAUGCUACACUCGCCCCAAUUACUUUGAAUGCCAUCACAGCUGCUGGAAAAGUAAGUUUUCGCAUAUUUCGAAGAGUUUUUCACUACAAAAUUCAUCAAUGAUCAAAUUAUGAACUGCGAUCUAUGAACUAUCAUUUAUUUAUUUCUCAAUUCUUUUCAGCUUGGUAAUGAACUUUCGGUUCUUGUAACUGGUGCAAAUGCAACAAAAGUGGCAGAACAAGUAUCAAAAGUUGCCGGAGUCAAAAGAGUUAUCGUAGCUCAAGAUGAUAAAUUAAAGAAUAAUUUGCCAGAACGUGUUGCACCAGUUGUUUUGGCCGCACAAAAACAAUUCAAUUUCACCGCAAUUACUGCUGGUUCAUCAGCUUUUGGAAGAGGAAUUAUUCCAAGAGUUGCAGCUAAAUUGAAUGUUUCACCAAUUAGUGACAUCACUGAGGUAAUUAAGCAUUAAGAGGAUAGUUUGAUUAUAAAAUUCAAUGUUUAGGUCCAUGCUGCUGAUACUUACACUCGCACUCAAUAUGCUGGAAAUGCUGUAACAAAAGUUAAAUCUAGUUCCGCUGUCAAACUUCUUACAUUCCGUGGAACAUCUUUUGAACCAGCUGCAGUUGGAAGUGGAUCAGGUGCUGUUGAAAAUGCGCCAAAUGCUGAAAUCGCAGCAGGAAAUUCUGAAUUCCUUGGACAAGAAUUGAGCAAAUCUGAAAGACCAGAUUUAGCUACAGCCAAGAUUGUUGUAUCUGGUGGAAGAGGAUUGAAGAGUGGAGAUAAUUUCAAGGUAAUUUUUUAAAUAUAUUUUUAUAGACAUACACAAUAUGUAUUUAUAUUUAGAUUAUCUAUGCUCUUGCUGACAAACUCGGAGCUGGAGUUGGUGCAUCUCGUGCAGCUGUUGAUGCUGGAUAUGUUCCAAAUGACAUGCAAGUUGGACAAACUGGAAAGAUUGUUGCCCCUGAAUUAUACAUUGCUGUUGGAAUCUCAGGCGCUAUUCAACAUUUGGCUGGAAUGAAAGAUUCAAAAGUAAUUGUCGCAAUCAAUAAGGAUCCUGAUGCACCAAUCUUCCAAGUUGCCGAUUUCGGUUUGAAGGCUGAUUUAUUCAACGCUGUUCCAGAAAUGACUGCAGCUCUACCAUAG